CGAGCAGUGAAGUAGGAAGGGACACGAACUAUGGAGAUGACAUGUCGGCGCUUCCCGAUCGUUUUCUAAGACUAUCAUCUGAUCAUCAGAAAACCGGUAGAAUUAAUCAAGAUGAAGGCAAUGGCAGCCUCCAGCCGUCCGGUACAAAUUUCUCAUGGAACCUGCUUCUUCCCAUUUUCCCGCCAAAUCAACACCUUCUGCCGACCACGGCGGCGUCUCUGCUACACGAACUCCAAAGGGCUGAAAUGGUUCGGAUAUGGAGUUUGUGUAUCGCCACCUAGUUUUGAGGUCGCUGCCGUAGCUGGAGGGAGGGAGAGAGCGCAAGUAUCUGCUGCGUGGGAUGAGGGGCCUUAUGAAUUGCUUCCGAAUGGGAAAAUACAGUACCUGGAUGAACAAGAUGUAGUAACCUUUCUAGAUCCGCCUAAGGAGCUCAUACCUUUAGAUCCUACUACUUAUAAUCCAGCCGCAUAUCUUUGGAAAAAGAUUGAAGUUAUUCCUGAGGAAAGACGUCACAAUCUUCUGCACCUUCUAAGCCCUAGGUGUAUAUCAAGGGCUUGGGGAAUAGCUGGCACGAGAUAUGAUGAUCCGAAGUUAGUAAAGAAAAUGGCGUCUAGUUUGCUGCAAAACAAAGAUGGAUCGACGCUUGAAUAUUAUAACUGCAUAAAAAGUGGAGGACAAAUACCCAUUGCUUGGAUUAAUCAUUUCAAGAAGGCAUUAUUUUCUUGCAAGGACGGAAAGACAUAUGGGCGGUUUAUUGGCAUGGGAUUGGCUGGAUUUGCAAAUUCCUUUAAUCCAUUGUACUUUGAGGUGAAACAACUUAAAGAAGUAAUGUCAACUGAACAUCCUUGUGAUUUGGCUUAUGAAUUUGGAGAUGGGCUCUUUGAUUUUCAUGAAUACCCUGAAGGCUUUCCAGCUUCAGUCAAGCAUCGAUAUCCGUUCAACGAUCAGCUUGUAGUAUAUGUUCGAUUUGUGGGACCUGGAGUAUUAGUUGGCCAGGCAUGGCAAGAAGGAAAAUCUUUAGAGCAGGUGCCACGUAAAUUAUGUUCCGAAAUCUUGAUGAUCAAAGACUACAGUCCACGUCCUCUCCCAGAGAAGCAAUAGCCAUAGCCAUAGCCAUAGGGCUUCAUUCAACUCUCUCUUUUGAGAAAAUGAAGUACCAUUACGUUUGUAAUGCUGCAUUGGACACAAAAAUCCUCUGCCUUCUGUGAAGCAUUAUGUUUAUAUGAGGAGAGUGUUCAAGAACAAGGGACGUAAAAGCAGCCUGAUCUACCUAAAGUAUAGGGCUACAUUCAAUGAAUUCCUUCGUUGAAAUACAAGAAGAGUUCAGGUAAAGCAAGGGUGCCAUGUUUAGGAGAAAGAGUUCCUAAGAACAAGUAGAAACAGGACUUGGAGACAUGACUGAGUGGAAAUGUAAUUGACUUAUCCCCAAUUGUUAGAAGCUAGAACACUUUGCUGUCCUUCAAUUCCACCAUGGAUUUCCCCUUUUCAUUCAGUUUGGGAGAUUUCUUGCCUGUUUUGGAUUAUUCUUGGCUUGCUGGCUGAAAAUCUUUUUGCCAUUUGUGUAGCCGAACUGAAAAUUUGUGUUCUAGUCGAUUAGUCGACAAAUGCAAAUGUGAAGUAGAAAAAUUUGAACUUCUAGAGAAGAAUUGUAUGUCGAUUACUCUCGUACAAUAAUGAACACAAAAACGCAUAAAAAUUACAUUACAUCAACCCUAUACAAGGCAACCUCACUUUUGGAACGACAUGUCGUUUCGUAAGCCCAAUUUAAGGCAGUCCACGCGUCGUGGGUAGAGUCUCCUCUCCCACUUCACCGCAGCCAAUCUCGAAGUAGUUCCGACACGCUUCCCACACUUCCGACGACUACGGCUAUCAUCGCUCUGUUUUUCCCCUACUCUGCUCUCUGUUGAGAUUCUGGAGAAUUUUUUGUGCUGCUUGUCUCCCUGUCAAGUUUCAGGGCUCGCGUGAAUGGAAGCUGAAAUCUCAGAUGAUCAGAUUAUUGGUAAAGCUUUCGAAGACCAAGACUACUUGGAGAAGAUAACCAAGUUACAGGGUUACCUUGAUGAGGUGAAGAAGAUUGUAAGAGAAAGCUGUUCCGAAGAGGUGUUAGAAGUGGCGUUGAGCUCUGUCUCCUCCCUAAUUAGCAUCCUCUCCCCCAUGGCAUCGUCGUCUACCAAACUCCAUUCUUCACUUUGAGUUUGGAAAAUCUUCAAAACCCUCCUUCCUUUCCACUCUAUUUCCCUCUAAUGCAGGUAGAUGGAUAGUGUUCGUGGCAUGUGAAGUUGAAUGUUAGUCUUGUCAAUAAUACAUGUAGAUGUAGAUGUUGUAUUUCUUGUUUCUC